AGGACCCACAGAGACCCUUGACUGGGCCACAGGCAUGAACUAAGAGUGCUUGAAGACCCAGAAGAACCACUGGUCAGGUCAGCUCCCAGCUCCACAGGGAGUAAGAGGGAGCUGCAGGCACAGCAGGCUGAAAGUCCACCAAGGGCUGAGGCCACAAGGCCUCUGGGGCAGCCACAGUUUUCAUGAUCACAUCAUACAGGACUGAGAAGCAGAUAACAAGAGUGACGCUCACAGGGAUGGGCUGACGCUAAGAGGAAGCAGUGUGUGGCUUGAAGAUUCUUGAACCCACAGCAGCAGCCGCGGCCACCCCAUCCUGCCCACAGCUCCAGCCCUGAGACGACGAGGAGGAGAUUCGACUUUGCCUCUUGCCCAAGGGACCAUGCCCAGGUGCCGGUGGCUCUCCCUGAUCCUCCUCACCAUUCCCCUAGCCCUGGUGGCCAGGAAAGACCCAAAGAAGAAUGAGACGGGGGUGUUGAGGAAAUUAAAACCCGUCAAUGCCUCAAAUGCCAACGUGAAGCAGUGUCUGUGGUUUGCCAUGCAAGAAUACAACAAAGAGAGCGAGGACAAAUAUGUCUUCCUGGUGGUCAAGACACUGCAAGCCCAGCUGCAGGUCACAAAUCUUCUGGAAUACCUUAUUGAUGUAGAAAUUGCCCGCAGCGAUUGCAGAAAGCCUUUAAGCACUAAUGAAAUCUGCGCCAUUCAAGAAAACUCCAAGCUGAAAAAGUUAGGUGAUGAACCACUCAUCUGUGAUGGCCUAGGUGCAUCACUGUCCCUGUCUUUACAUUGGUGGUUCUCCAAUGUGAGCAGGCAUCACAAUCACUUGGAGAAAUUAAGCUGCAGCUUUUUGGUAGGAGCACUUCCCUGGAAUGGCGAAUUCACUGUGAUGGAGAAAAAGUGUGAAGAUGCUUAAUGGUGUUUUGAGGCAUCCCUCCGACCUCUGUGACUACUUUAUCCAUGAAAAUAAAGC